AUAAGAAGAUGUCAUGGGAAAAGAUCAAAACAAACAUGACUUAUUUAGGGUAAUAAAAAAAAAGACUCCUUACAGAACAUUAAGAACCAAUGAUUCUAUUGAAUAAGUGCUACUGGGUAUGUUACAUCACUAGUAAAAACAAUUAAAAUAUAUCAGUUAUCAAUUAUAUAAGAAGAACAAUCCGAAAUAAGAAUGUAUUACUCAAGUAAAUACAAUGUAUCUAUAUCUGUCCUUGAACCCGAGUCAUACGUCUGUCGUUAGGAAUUUUUUCAAUUAUUUUUAUCAAAGCUGCAGUCUCGGUCUUAAGACUCAAUUACUGACAAGGUAAGAAAUUAUAGGAAAACGCUGAUCAAAGGUAUGGGAAUUAUUCAAAACACCAGAUGGUACACGGAGUUUAAUGUACAUAUGGCAUCUCUAGUUACCCAAAUCUCUCCGACUGUCACCAUCGAAACAGCUUUUUCAAUUGCAAUUAUUAUUCGGUAACAGAGCUCAGGCCUUUGUACCAGGUAUAGUCCCGUCGAGUCGAGAUUGCCAUCUAAUGCUGCUCCGUCGAGCGUUUGACAAAGUUACUCUCGGCGAGACCGCGGCCCAGACAUAGACAGUGGCGGCCCUUUUGGGCCAUUGGUAUAAAGGUUUUGGCCCCAGCCGCGGUGGCUCAGUCUGCAGAGCAACGUGCGUGGAUAUCUUUGGCUCGGAACGGAGUUUCUUUUCGCAAAUCAAAAUAUUUGGACUAAUUUAACGAAACAGCGUGCAGCGUGCAGAGUGCAGAGUGCAGCGGGUGGCCAGGUGGAAAAUGCAUUUUCCGACUUUUGAAGACUUCUACCAGCGAUUUUUGUUUCUUCUGCCGUUUGUUGCCAACUUUGGAUCAGAAGACAGACAAUUCAACUACGACGCUCCCGAUAAGUGGAAAUUCAGCUAUCCCAAGUGCGGCGGCUUAGACCAGUCUCCCAUCGCGAUUAGCAAUCGCAAGGCCCUCUCGGUGGCAUUGCCCCCCUUGGAGUUUGGAUUAUACGACGAACUCUUUGAUAGCCUUGUGACUGUUACCAACAACGGACACUCGGUGGAGUUCGAAGUCCCUGCUACGACUUAUGGAGUGAGACCCUUUGUGACAGGAGGACUUUUGGUCGACUGCUACGAAGCUGAGGCUGUGCACUUCCACUGGGGCUCCCCGAAGUCUAAGGGAUCGGAGCAUGUACUUGAUGGCCGUCGGUAUGACCUGGAAAUGCAUAUUGUCCACCGGAACAACAAGUAUCUAACCCUUCGGGAGGCCGAAACCCACACCGAUGGUAUAACCGUCCUGGCAGUACUUUUUAAAGUUGUGCGGACUGGCGCGGUCUUCUAUCAGCCCGGCCUCAGUGAAGUCUUCAGCUCGCUUCUCCAUUUGGGCAACUUUAACAGCAGCUACACUUUGCCGGAACAGCUCAGCUUAGGAUCGCUUCUGGGCACGCUGGACAGGGGAGACUUCUUUACAUACAAGGGCUCCCUAACCACGCCCCGUUGCUCUCCGGCAGUACAGUGGCACGUGUUCGCCAAUGUGCUGCCGAUCUCGCACCGGGAGCUGCCCAAGUUUUGGCAGCUGCGGGAUCAGCGGAAGCGUCCCCUGCUCAACAACUUCCGGCCACUGCAGUCGCAGGAAAACAGGCCGAUCUUCCACCGGAGACCGUAUCUGGAACAGCAAUUGCAGGAGGUGAUAUGGUUAUAGUCCCAAAGUAGAAAGUAUAGCCUUCUUUAAUUUUAAUAAAAAAAAGUGUACUAAU